AUGCCCAUUGCACAGUACGCCGUCGCUGGGGCGGCCGUCGCUCUGACCACACUCAUCGUCAUUGCCUACCGCGACUACAGCGCCUACUGCGCCCUCGGCGACCACGGCCUGCCCGGCAACUUCAAGGGCUGGUGCAUCCAGCUCAAGUUCACCCGCAACAGCCGCAAGGACACCACCGUCCCCGCGCCCUACGACCUCGCCGCCGAGGCCGCCCUCCUCGGGCCCCACGCCGACCAGUCCUUCCUCCCGCCGCCCUCCAGCCGCCUCCUCCCCUUGCCGCCCCGCGACGGUCCCCGGCCCUCGAUCCCCGGCUUCACCGCGCCGCAGCGCCAAAUCACCGACACGGCCUCGCCCGCCAUGAAGGCGCGCAUGUAUGCCCACCUCGAGGCCCUGACCAAGGCCAACGCCACGCUGCUGCAGUACGACUUGUCGACCCUCGAGGGCCCCGUGCCGGCGCUGCAGCUGCACAAGCACCAGGACCGGCCGGAACACCUGAGGAAGACGCGCGGCGAGCUGGCGCAUAUCCAUCCCGUAGACGGGAGCACCCAUCUCGUCUUGUCGCUGCCCGACUCGCGCCGCAUCAUUGAGACACGCUGGGGCCAGAGACACCGGCUCAGCGGCACGAUGCUGGGCUGGGGCUACACGCUGGUGUAUGCGCCCCGGAAUGAAGACGAGUUUGAGCUGUGGAAGGACGUGGUGGCGGCCGCUGCCAAGUACUCUUGCGCGGAUCUUGGUGAGAUUAAACUUGUCUAG